ACAAAUCUCCAAUUCGGGAUGGUUCCCUUGUUUACAUCUGCACGUGGUGGUGGUGGUGGUAGCGCCUGCCUGUCACUUGCAUAUUCAGUCUCCACAAUGGCGGAAUGCAAUGGGUUGGACAAGAACUUCCUGGAGCACCACAAACAGCAGCUGCAGACUUCGGGGGUGCCUGCUCACUUCUGGCCCACUAUAUUCAGAAAGUUGCUGGCCCAGGUUUACGACGCUGGCGAGUACUUCCAACUGUGCCAGCUGACCUAUUCUGAUGGGGAUGGAGAGCGAGGCGACCCACUGUGGAGGGUGGUGGUGACACGACCCGAGGGAAUCAAGGCUGCCGACCCCGACCAUGUGUUCAUCAUUGACCACGCCUGGAGCUACCGAGCCAGUGAGGCAAGGCAAUGCUUGAGGGAGAUCCCAGGCCUGCUAGAGAGAAUGGUGGGCCUGAUGGACAUCCCCACGGAGGAGAAUACACAGGAACAGCUGGUGGAGAGUGUCAUGCAGGAGAUGUGGAAGUACAAUUGCACCUAUAGCAUUGCCAGCAAGACUGCGGAGGAGUCACUGCCAGUUUGGUACAUCAUGGAUGAGUUCGGCGCGCGUAUCCAGCACUGCGGAGAGCCAAACUUCAGGGUGGUUCCUUUCUACUUCUCCCCCCACCAGUGCUGCUACUCCCUGCUCUUCCCCCUGGAGGAUGUGGACGAGGGGGAGGAGGUUACCCGGAAUUAUGUGGAGGGUCCCCCACUUGACCCCUUGACCCGAGACGCCCUCCUGCUGCCCUGGUUUGCCGAGGACCUGACACAUGAGGACCCACGACAGGAGGAACCACCAAGGGACUUCUUCCUGUCUGGCCGCACCAAUGAGGUAAUGCCUGAAGGAGGGGCAGAAGGCGUUGAGGUGCCGUCCCACCGCCCACUCAAGGUGUUUGCCGAGUAUGACUAUGUGAGGAACUACCUGACUGACACACGCUUCACCGUCACCGACUCCAGGGAGGAUGCCGACAUUCUGUGGCUCAUGGAACACUUCAAGGACUUCAAGAGUCUGAGUGAGAGGCCGCAGUGUCGCAUUAACCAGUACCCUCUGGAGCACCUGAUCACCAUCAAGGACCUGCUGGGUGUGGUGUGCCGCAGGGCUGUGCAUCUCGGUGCCUGCCACACAGAGGAGGAUGCUGGCACUCCCUCCUGGCUGCCUCUCACCUACUGCCUCAAGCGAGAACUGGGGAAGUUUGCCUCGCUUUACCAGAGGAGGGAGAAGAGGGGCGAGGACAACCACUGGAUCAUCAAGCCAUGGAACCUUGCCCGCGGCCUGGACCACACCAUCACCAACAACCUCAACCAUAUUGUCCGCCUGCCAGCCACUGGACCCAAGAUUGCUCAGAAGUAUAUCUCGGAUCCCGUUCUCUUUCACCGCGAGGACAUCGAUGGCAAGGUGAAGUUUGACAUCCGGUACAUCGUCAUGCUGCUCAGUGUCAAGCCCCUCAAGGUGGCAGUGUACAAAAGAUUCUGGCUGCGGUUCGCCAACGUUGCCUUUGACCUGACGGAGCUGGAUAACACCAACAAGCACUUUACGGUAAACAACUACAACGACUCAGGCCUUCUGCAGAUGUACUGCCAUGAUUUCGUCACCAAGUUUGAUAGCCAGUACCCGGAGCAUCCCUGGGAGGAGGCUGAGAGACAGAUCUUCUCCAUGAUUCUGCAGGUGUUCCAGGCAGCCACCAGUGAGGAGGUACCCAAGGGCAUCCCCCACAACCCACAGUGCAAGGGCUUCUAUGGGCUGGACAUCAUGCUGCAGUGGACCAACAGAGGAAGUACCCGGUGCAUGGAGCCACAGCUGCUGGAGGUCAACUAUGGCUCAGACUGCAAGCGUGCCUGUGAAUACUACCCAGACUUCUUCAAUGAUGUGCUCUCCGUCAUGUUCCUGGACGAGGUGGAGGGGCACAAUGUGGAGGUGCUGGAGUAGUGCUUGCCCACUCCUCCACCCUUCAAUUUUUAACUUUGGAUUUGUUUCUAUGUGGACUUCAAUGACAAUGCUUCUGGACUGAGUGGAAAGAUACAAUACCUCACCUGUUCUCCACCUUGUAACUCCAUCUUGGCGAGUUUAGUGGACCUUUACCUUAGAUUUCGGUGGCGAUGUUCCUGGUGAGGUGGAGGGACAUAGUGUGGAGGUGGUGGAGUAAUGCUUGGCCAAUCCUCCUCCACUACCUAAUUUCAUCUUUGAUUUCCAUGUGGAUUUCAGUAGUGGAGGGAUGCAGUGUGGAGGUGGUGGAGUAAAGCUUGGCCAAGUACCUCUUCCAGUAUACCCAGGUUUGCUAUAGCCUCCACAAUGCAUGGUGCUGUUUUGUAUUUUCGUGGCGUUUAUAUUUCCUCCUCUUAUAAACCAUGUGAAGGUGUUUCAUCUUCAUAUUCAUCUAUUCUCAUCUCCUACAGGGUUGAGCCAAGCUGAUAAUAUACCAUAGCUUGUUUUAUAAGUUGUGUAUAUUUCUCUUAUAAACCAUGUGAAUGUGUUUUGUCUUCAUGUUCAUCUAUUCUCAUCUGCAGGGUUGAGUCAAGCUGUUACUAUUGCUUGUCGUGUCCUCUGCCUGAGCUCUUAACAUGCCUUGUGAUGAGUGAGGCACCUGAGAUUUGUUUUUUGUGUUGAGAGUACAGACAAUGAACUGAUCCUGUGUUGAAGGCACAUGCAUUCACUGACACGUGUUUCCAGUCUUGUUCUAAGGAGUGUAGUGAAGGCAAAGUACUGCACAGAAUGCCACUAUUAAUCAGGAUUGCAGUGUUGUGGGUUAGAGGCUGUGACUUGCUUUAGGGGCAGUUCACACAAGCAUUGUUUCCCUCUGUUCAGCAUCUCAUGUUCUCGGAAACAUGUCUCACCAGUAAGAUGAUGUUCAGACAAUCUCCAGACUUUGUUCCCAUGCCAAGACUCUAUUUCUUGGUGUAAUUUAACUUGAGAAAGGCCAAAGAGUUCCUGGGAAUGCAAGGGAAGAUCACCAUCCUGGCAGCAGCAUGGGAACACAGAGGUGCCCACGCUGUGUUGCGGGAACAGAAGGUGCUGGGAGCAAGGGGAAGCAUCACUUGUAUGAACUGGGAGUUACAUGUACUUAACCUGCCUCUCAUGUGAUGAUAGGGAGUAAGAUGUUACGGAAUGCACAUUUUUUUGUUGUAAGGAAGAGAUAAAAUACUGAAGAAUGUCAAAUUUUGCUCUUAAAUGGUUAAAUUAAUGGUGAGUUUUUAGUCUGCCAUUUAAAUGUUGAAGAAUAUAAAUUGUUGGUCGUAAACAGUGAAAUUACUGAAUUUUUAGCGUUACUUAAAUGUUUCAAGAAUCUACGUUUUUGCUCUUAUGUGGCUAAAUUAAUAGUGAUUUUCAUCUUAUUAAAAUAUUGAAGGAUGUCAAUUUUUGCUCUGAAAGUAUUGAAUUAUUGAUUUUCUUUUAGUCGUAUUUAAAUGUUUGAAGAGUGUCAGACAUUGCUCAGAAAUGCUUGAAUUAUUGUUGAAUAUUUGCAACCUUAUUUUAACAUGUUAAGGCUGUCAGUAUUUGGUGUUUCAAGGUUGCUGGGCUGAGCUAAUGAGUGUUGAGUGUCUGCUGUUGAGUGUCGCUGUGCCUUACGAUUGUCUGUUGCCACUCGCUGUUCUGGUCUGCAUCAGAUCACACUACCGGUUUGAGUUUGUGAACCUCAGAUGCUCAGAAACAUGAGUGUCGCAUAUGUUUGCAGCCAAGAGUGAUGGGUUAUUCUAUUUAUUUUGUUUAAGGCAGUUUUUUAGUUAUUAUUAUUAUUUUUUUUAAGCUCCCUUGUUAACUUGGCAUAAAUGUGUGUUGCUCUUUAUUGAAUUUAAAUCUGGAGGACUUAUUUUUGUGUAUAUUUGCAACAAAAAAUGGCAGUUUAUUUUAUGCAAGGCAGAUUUUCUGUUUUUUACAGGUGCCAUUGUGGACUGUAUGAAUGUGUCUUGCUCAGAAUGGAAAUUGAAAAUACUUAUUGUUGUGUAUAUCUGCAGCAAAGAACGACACUUUAUUUUAUUUAUUUAAUUAAAGGCAGCUUUUUUUUUAUGUAUAAGCUGCCAUCGUGAACUUUGUAUAAAUAUGUAUUGCUCAGUGUAUAGAUGUGUGGGUGUGUGUAUUACAGCAGUGUACAUGUGACUAUUAUGACUCAAUGUAAGACUGUACUGACCCAAUACACACACUACAUCACAUUCACUACAGUUAUACAGUAGCCUAGUUCACUGUCAGGUCUUCUAAUGUAUAUAUAAACUCAAAACUGCAUGUACUCCUCGCCAAGUUUAUAAUAAGCCAGACGUUAUUGCCAUGGCAUCUCAAACAUGUCAUGAUGAAAGGAUUCUCUCUAUGUAUCAAGCUUUUGUGUUAUCUAUAAAAGCCUGAUGAAAUGA